AUGGUGGCUGAACCUGUUCUGGCGACAAUCGACACUUUAAGAUAUAUUUAUGAUGGUGCUAGUAAAUAUGUCUAUGAUCUGACCGAGAAAGUUAAAGAUUUGAAUGUUUACCAGUAUAAUCCAUUUAAAAGUAGUGAACCACAGAUCGUGAGUGAAAAGACAUCUUUGUUGAAAGUUAUAAAGUGCCAUAAAACAAGAUUGACUGUGUUUUCAGUGGGAGUAGGUCUAGGGCUUGCUGGGUUAUGGAUUUAUUCCCGAAAACCAAAAAGGACCAAACCAAGGAGAAGAGUACCCAAGUUGGAGAAUGGUGCAAGGCAAGAUAUUAUAUUGAUAGUUGGGUCACCCACUGAACCCAUGACUCGAUUGAUUGCUCUUGAUUUUGAGAGAAGGGGAUUUAUUGUUUAUUUAACUAUCUUAGAUAACAAAGACUUGAAGUAUACCGAAUCCAACCCUAUCACCGAUGAUAUAAAUUAUCUUAAUUUGACCAAUAGUGAAAGUUUUGAAUAUCAAUUAAGCAAGUUCCAUAAUCUUUUGGAAAUCCCCGUAGUGCCCUUCCCUGGAGCACAAGCACAUAAUUUGAAAUUAGUGGGUGUUGUGUUUGCUCCUUCUUUGUACUUCCCCAUUGGACCAAUCGAAAACAUUAGCAUUGCAUCCUGGAACAAACUUAUGGAAAAAUUAUCCACCUAUUUCAAGUUGGUAUCAUCAGGGUUGAUCAAUCUCUUAAGAUCUCAAAAGGCAAAGACUAUAGUUAUCACCCCCACAAUAACCAGUUCAUUGAAUUUACCUUUCCAUGGACCUGAAGCUAUUUUCCAGAAUACAUUACAGAGCUUAUUCACAACACUCACUAGAGAAGUUACCCUGCAUGGAUUAUCGAUAACUCAAAUCAAAUUAGGUAAUAUAUCAGUUCUGUCAAGUAACUCGACAUUGAAAACGUCCAGCAUUAUUAAUUCAGAAGUUCAAAGUUGGAGCGAAGAUAUCAAAUCGCUAUAUAAAAUGAAUUUCACCAAAUCCCAGUUCAGAAUCAAUCCUAUCAAAUCCACUGGUAGAGGUGCUAAUUUAAGAGAUUUAUAUCAUGUAAUCUUCGAUUUAGUUUAUUCCAAACGAUCAAUUAACCCUCCAAUUGUUUAUUGUGGUACUGGGGCUCGUGCCUAUGAUUGGUUAGCAAGUAUUUUACCAUCAUCUUUCAUAAGUUGGAUUCUUUUCUAA